AUGAUCUCCAUGGCACUUAGGGAAAGUCUCAUGUUAAUUACUUCCAGGGAAAUCACAGCCAUAGAACCCCAGAACCAAACCAGCGCCACUGAAUUUGUCCUCCUGGGACUUUCAGAAAAGCCGGAACACAACAAAUUCCUCUUCUCCAGGUUCCUGUGCAUGUAUUUGAUCACAGUGGUGGGCAACUUAUUAAUUGUCCUGGCCAUCUCUUGGGACCCCCACCUUCACACACCUAUGUACUUUCUCCUGGCCAACCUCUCCCUGGUUGACCUAUGCCUGGCCACUGACACUAUUCCCAAAAUGCUGGUGAACAUCUAGACCAAGAACAGAGCCAUCUCCUAUCCAUGCUGCCUCACCCAGAUGUACUUUUUCCAUUUCUUCGGCAUCAUGGAUAGUAUAUUAAUCGCUGUGAUGGCUUAUGACCGCUUCGUGGCUAUCUGCCACCCUCUGCAUUAUACCAUGAUCAUGAGCCCAUGCCUCUGUGGAUUGCUGGUGGGAGGCCCCUGGGUGUUUUCCUGUUUCGUGUCCCUCACCCACAUCCUCCUGAUGGCCCUGCUGGUUUUCUGCAGCCACAAUGAACUGCCACACUAUUUCUGCGACCUCACCCCUCUCCUCCAACUUUCCUGCACCCGCACCAUGGUCAACAAGAUCUUUGUGCUCCUCAUAGCCGGCCUGGUGAUUGCCACACCAUUCAUCUGCAUCCUGGCCUCCUACAAGCGCAUCCUCGUGGCCAUCAUGAAGGUCCCUUCGGCAGGGGGCAGGAGGAAGGCCUUCUCCACCUGCAGCUCCCAUCUCUCGGUGGUCGCCCUCUUUUAUGGGACCACCAUCAGGGUGUACCUGUGCCCUUCCUCCAACCACGUCACUGUGAAGGAGAAAGCUUCCACCAUGAUGUACAUGGCCAUCAUCCCCAUGCUGAACAGAGACCUGAAGGGGUCUCUGAAGAAACUGGUAGAUAGAAAAAUCAUGUCAUCUUCCUCAUCAUCAGGGGACUCCCCCAAGAAGAGGCAGUUUUUAUGGGGUCAAAUGGAAAUAUCUAGGAUCUUGGAGUAA